AUAGGCAUCUUCCAGAUGCUAUAUUAAUAUUAUUAUUUCGAAGGAAUGAUACAGCAUAUUAGUCAGACCAAUGUUCUGUCCGAUCCCAGGAUCGCAUUUAUUUUUUCUACUUGAUAGAAAAGCGUGGUAUAUGUAAAUAAUAACCACAUUUUUUUCAGUACUUUAUAUUGUGUACUUAUUUACAAGGACAAUUCUGUACAUCAGUGCCAAUUUAUGAAACUAUGCAUGUGCUGUAUAGAGCUGCUGUAACAUGUAUCAAGGUUAUCCAAGUGGAUGAAUUGGUCUGUCUCAUGAUGUUGAAAAAAAGUGCAUGCUGUUGGUCAGUUCAUUGUCUGGAUCUUGAAUCCCGACUGCAUGUUAAUAAAACUAUUAACAAAUAUUCGAGUAUCGCUGUUCCCACUGCAUGUCCACAUAAUAGUCCAGAGCUAAAAUUACUAAAAUGAACUUGAUCCCCAAUUUGACCGUUAUUAUUUUCUGCGUAUACUUCAAGACUAUUUCAGGGGCGAUUGAUAAACCCUUGGUGACCAUUUCUGACGGAGAUUUGCUUGGAAGUAUAGAAGAAGCUCGAAAUGGACGUCAGUAUUUUCGAUUUUUGGGAAUUCCGUAUGGCGUCGUCGAGCAAAGAUUUGGUGUUUCAAAACCGAUACCUCCUUGGAACGGCACAAAAGUCGCUACAAAACUGGGACCAACGUGUCUCCAGCUCGAUUUUAUAUUUAGCACAAUGACUGGAGUGGAAGAUUGCUUGAUUCUUAACGUCUACACGCCACAGAUUUCCGACACGAAAUUAUUGCCGACUAUGGUUUUCAUCCAUGGCGGAGCAUUUAUUUGCGGUUCAGCAAACGACUAUGAUGGCUCAUUCUUUAUGUCCGAAGAUGUAGUUCUUGUCUCAAUAAACUACCGUCUCGGACUGUUUGGGUUUCUAAAUGCCGAAAUCGAAGGGGCUUCAGGAAAUCAAGGGUUGAAGGACCAAGUUUUGGCGUUAAAAUGGGUGCAAAAAAACAUUCGAGCGUUUGGAGGUGACCCUGACAGAGUCACCAUAUUUGGAGAGAGUGCAGGUGCCAUUUCCGUCUCUCACUUGACAAUGUCUCCAAUGGGCAAGGGGUUAUUCCACGCUGCAAUCACCCAAAGCGGUAUGGUUACUUGUCCUCAAGCCGAUAAGCGAGAAUCUGCUCUUCUCGAAGCUAAAAAACUGGCUAAUUUGGUGGAUUGUCCAAGUAGUGACCCCAAAUUUAUGGUGGAGUGCCUUCGAAGGAUGAAGGGCGAAGAACUUUUGAAGCAGACGCAGUUCAAACAUCCAACACAUUUUACUUUUGAUGUGUAUGAUGUGCCGCAAUUUGGACCCACGAUUGAAACUUAUAUCCCCACGAAGGCACCAGAUUCCGUGUUUCACAAACAGGAUCCAUUAAAAACUCUCUUCGACGGAACUUUCAACAAAGUCCCUCUGAUCACCGGAAUCACGUCAGACGAAGGGAUUUUCAUCAGUGCAAAUGUGGUACUAAACAAUGCCACCUUGCUGGAGCUUAUGAACAACGAGUGGGGGCGAGUCUCUCCAAGCACAUUCCUUUACCAUGCUACAGCUCGAGACCCUUGCAGCUUAUCCACCAAAAUCCGAGAUUUUUAUUUCCAAGACCAGGAAAUCUCAAAGGUCAACGGACAAAAGUUGAUUGACCUGUAUUCUGAUCGAUGGUUCUUCCACUGCACCCGACAGGGUGCUCUGCUCUAUGCCAAGCACGCACCCGUUUACAUUUAUUACUUGACACAUCGUGGGGAACAUACCUUUGAUGCCUUCGAAAUGACGAAAGAUUCAAAUGGACUAAAGGGUCCAACACACGCAGAUGAUCUUAUUUAUCAAUUCCCAAUGCCAGAGUGGGUGCCUCCACUGACCAAGGGAAGCUUGGAUGAGGAUUUUUCCAAAAAAAUCGUUGGAAUGUGGACGUCAUUUGCGAAAAACGACGGGAGACCGAAGCCAUGGGGGGACGUGGAGGAGUGGCCACAACUAAAAGUGUCAGAGACGCCGAUGCGCUGGUUGCACUUGGACAAUGACCUGAGUAUCCAACCUGAACAUGCUGAUUUCACAAAACGAAUGGAAUUUUGGGACAAACUGGUGCAACCAAUGCAAAUGCGUGCUCUCGACACGGCAGAACAAAAAUCUCGACAGGGAUUGUUAAGGUGCGAGUCCUCAGAUGGUUACUGCAAUUUGUAAUAAUAUGUAAAUUUUUGUUUAUUGCAUCACCUAUUUACAUGCAGGUUCUAUAAAUUAUAUACAUAUGUACAUAAAUAAUACUAUUAUUAUGUUAAGAUAUGAGAAGUUUGAUCAUUAAAUGACAGCGACAAGGGACAGCUACCCCUUAAUUAUGGAUGGCCCAGGUCCAGCUAUAAAACAAAUGCACUGUUAUAUUUGCAUGCACACUAAUAAAAAAUAUACCAAGCUUAAUAUAAA